GGGCAUGCACGUCGCGUUGGUGGCUUCCAUUUCCGUCUCCGGUGCUGUCCUGCCAGUCCGCCUGCCAGUCUGUGUAUGUGAGAGCGUUCCUCUCUCUGGCUGAGUGUGCGUGUUGUGCCUGUAGGUGUGAGGGCGCCAAGUGCUGCGUGUGUCUGCUUAACCACCAGUUAAACAACAACAGUCAAACAAAGACAUUCACUCCACCCGUCAGCACGAGGCUGGCAGCAGAUAAAUAUUUACUUUGACUGAAAAUUGUCAUAGAGUCGCAGCCGCAAUCAAAAAUUGCAGACAAGCUGAGAAAAUUGGAGCGAAAACACGAGGAGAGGAGUCCACAGCGGUAGACGCUGAUAAACAGGCAACAGUUCUGCUGAAACUCCAGCAUGGAAAUGGAUGUUAAUCGCCAGACACGCCACAAUGGCAACCUAAUGACCAUAUCCGCCCGCUGUUCCAACAACAAUUCAGCAGCAGCAGCAGGAACUGAUUCAGGAACCUCUUCGUCGCCACCAAGCGGCUGCUGCGGCAUCUUGAGUCGCCUCUUUUGUGUGAGUCGCCACAAGGCAACGCAGCUGGUGGCUGGCAGCGAGUGCCACAGCAACGAUCCCUUCACGUCUCAGCUGCAUGGCAAGUCGGCCACUGCAUCCGGACAGCGACGCCGACGCACGCCACAGGAAAUCUACUUCGAGAGUCGCGGCAAGUCUUGCAAGAAGCUAUUGAAAUUCAAUGGCAAUUCCAAUAAGAUAUUGCUUUAUCCUGAAGAGGGCUGGGCGCGCACUGCCUCGUCCAGCUAUUGGACCAUCACGCCCUGCUGGUGGCAGCCCAAUCGUUGCCGCAUUGUCGAGUGCGCCGGCACCCAGCGUCGGGCGACAAAGGCACGAAUGCUGCCACUGGAGCAGCAGGGCUCCCUGCUGAUUGCCGGACACUUUGGACACAGAAGCACUGUGCCACUGGCAACGGGUGCGACAGCAACAUCCGGCAGUGUGGCUGCCACUCCAACAACUGCAGCAACAGCCACUGCAGGAGCAGCACCAGCAGCAGCGGGGGCAACGACAGGCGGCUCCUCUCAGAUCACAUCCAAUGGCGGCUGUCACAAGUCACAGCCGGCGUGGAACGACGAGUUCAAGCUGUAUCUGACGUCGAACAUAUCGAUGGAGGACUACAACAUGGGCUACUGCCUCACGGGCUUUGUCGAGCGUCGCUGCCAGCUGACAAACACCUUUCAAAUGACACACUUUGCCGUCAUCAAGCGGCAGUGGCCGCCAUCGCCGUCCAAUCUAAGCAAAUCGUAAGGUUAACCCGUAACUCCCUCCCCUCUCCCAGCCCCACACAUUUGUUGUGAUUGUGAUUCGCUAUUUGGUUUAAAAUUGGAGCUCGAUGUCGAUUUUUGUAACAUUUUUAGCCACUAAGUAGCGUCAAGUAAUUGUUGUGCAAUCUCCCAAAAAACGAAAAACCGAAAUCAAAAGUACAGUCAAAACAUUAGGCCAGUGUCCAGAGAGCUUGCAUGGGCUCGAAGGCAGCGCAAGGUGACUUUACUAGGAAGGUGAUCUCCUCACCACAGUGAAAUCUCGAUCUCCAUCCCUUCCCAGCGCGCGGUGAAUAAGUUAUUGCUUCUCCCCACAGUGGCCGUCAGCUUCCAAGUAAAUUCAUCUUGAGCCCCGACUGCCACUCACUUGCAUGUCUGUGUGUACUUAGCGCGUAAAUUGUAUUUUUAUCUAAAUGUUCUAGAGAAAUGCCAGCAGCAGCAAGAAAAAACUUAGCAGCAAACCCGAAAAAAAACCCAAAAAACCGAAACUCUAUGUGUGCUUUCAGUGUUGUGUAAUACGAAAAAUAAAAUACAAAAUAAAAUACAAGCAAAAAACGCAUGAAAAACUAACUGUUAAAUGCCAAAUGAAACUAAACCGCUUAGUCAACACACACACACACUCACACACAGCAGCACACACACACACACACAGGCACACACUGCAGCACUUGAGCUUGGGCAGCUACUUAAUGCCUCGAAAAAAAUAAAAAUAAAUAAAAGUGCAACAAAUUGAAACUUGUGCUUGUCGAAGCAUGUGAUUGUGAGUGCUACCCAGUAGAAGGGGGCAUGCCACCUACACACACAAGUGUGCAAGAGUGCUGAGUGUGCGUGUGCGUGUGUGUGUGCUGGCUGGGUACUCUCUUCUACGAUAUACAUAAACAUACACACACUUAUAGCAUGUACUUAAACGGCCAUGUUUGCGAAACUUAUUGCCUUUAAGCUUUAAAAUAUAAGCGCAUCAGCAGCAGCAGCAGCAGCAGGAGCAAACAAGCCAAAACAGUAAAUGGCCAUCAAGGCAGCGGAGAAUGUGGAAAAUGCUUAAAGAUUUUCAUAGAAUUUCCAUAGUAAAAACUGCCGCUUAGUGGCCGCAAGUUCAGUCCAUAGUUUGCACUGCGCUUAGCUCUAACGCUUGCUAGCCGUCUAACUAGUAACUAACUAUCACUUCCCCCAAGUCACCAAACUGUCACCCACUCACCACACUUUGACCCACACUCCAACUCACUCACUAUUGUGCUCUGUCGCUCUGUCCCCACUCAUUCACUCACUUUUGAGCAUAAUACGCAACGUAUAUCAACAAUUCGUCCAAUAAUUGGAGUCUUUUUGGCGCACAAAUUGCCAAGAAAUCAAUUUGGCAAGGCCAAAGGCUCCAGUUGCCAAAAGAACCCUAA